UCUUGUUUUGAAGCUGAUUUGUUUAUUCUGUCGGUUUGAGUUUUCCCUUCUUUCAAGGCCACAGACGUCGAACUUUUUUAACUCCAGGUUCGCCAAAAAGUUGCAAAUCAUAUCAAUUUACGAGGUUUUAUACAUCGCUUCUCAAAAAGAUCUUUCCGCGAUGACCACCACCCUGACGCCAAAUUUCACUUCGCACCUUUGCAGCGUGGAAGUGUGCGAGAUCCGGUAUAACAUCAGAAUCCUCAAAAUGAAGGACUCGGUUUUCAUCUACAUCGGCGAGAACAAAGCGGAAAACUUCGACGAACUGUCGAUGGCCAUGCUGGUACCCACGAGCAACGAAAUGCUUUCGACCACCAUCAUGGGAGAGCCGGUCGGUGCCGGAUCGGAAGAACUGGCCCAAAAGCUGUCCAAAAGGCUGAAGAAACAGGUCUACCUGAGUGCCAACGUGCCCAACGAUAGAAUAGUGCGGCCAACGCUGGAGCAGAAGCUUUUCGAGGAGAUCAACAACAAUCCGGAGUGCUUCUGAUUAGGGUGAAAGGCCGUUGAUGUGGGACUUGAUGCUGCUCUCAAUCAGGAAGACUAUAAUUAUUAUUUAUUGUUUUAAGUAUGCUGCUUGACUCGUGGUUUGAACAAUAAGGACAUUUGUUGCUGUAGCUUAAGAUAUUUAGUUACGAAUAUUUUUGUAAGAACUUAUAAAAGCGCAAACUGCUUAAUACAGAUGUACAUGUGAACUGAAAA